UUUUACAUAUAUAUUUCAAAACUACAUAUAUUGUCUUUCUAAUCAUAUGUCACACAAUAAACAAAAAAAACAUAUUAAAAUUGAAGUUUCUAGAUCACCGUGGAAAGAUCUAAGAGGAAGAUUUUGCCAUCAAAAACAAGUUGGCAUUUGUCCUUUGUUUGAUCAGAAGACUGCAGAUGACAAGACAGAAUACCACGAGAGGAAGAAAAGAAAUACGGCAGUAUUAGUUUUGGUAGUUGGUGAUUAACUCCAACAAAAUAGAGGUUUCUAGUUACAAUUGUUUUGUAAAACUUGUCAUGAAGGAUGCAUUCAAAUUAGAGGUUCUAAGAAUAAUUAUGAUGAAAUUUCUAUGCUUUUUUUGUUCUCGCAAAACUGAAGUUAUUACCCACUCUUCUCAUGCUAUUUUUGGGAGACACUAGUUAAUUUUAACCGUUUUGGCAGCAAAUGUCACUUAUGUAUUUGUUGACGUCAUAUCUACCCAAACACGAGUCCGUUUACAAGUAUUUGGCAUGCAUGGACUUCAAUCAACUGAUGGAGGAGGAGGAAAAUGAAUCAGUUUAUGAGAGUCAAGGCCAAUUACUUGGAGCAGUUCCAAGGAUUUUAGCUGUGAAUUUCAAUGCUGGCAACUAUCGCAAAAGAACAGAAGCCUGGGCGGGUCUCGCAAUUGAGAUAACAAAAGAAAUCGAGACGUCUAUGACGUGGGCCCAAUUGUUGAGCACUCGCUGGAGAAAUAUGUGGACCAGAAAUAGUCAGGUUGUCUACUCGCGCUUGAUAUUCCCAGGUGUUCUUUUGGCUUUUGUGGGAGCCUUGAUUGGUUGGGCAGCAUGGAAGCUUAUAGACCGCGCAGGCCCAGAAUUGGAGGAUUUAAAAUAUGGUUCUGUAACUGCAACUGUGAUAGCAAUUGUGUGGUAUGCAUUACAAAAUGUAAUUUCAGUUUUCAAACCUAUAAGCGAACAAAUGAGUGGAUAUUUCAGCUCCCAUGAUUAUUCACAGGAGCUGGGCUAUCAGCAAAAGGUAAUUGAAGACAUUAAGUUUCUGAAAGGAGAAAACGGGAAAAAGCCCUACAUUAUUUUCUCGUUUAUUGCAGGUGAAAUGUGUAAAAAUUGGUGGGGUUUGUGGAAGGAGAAUGUUAAAAACACUAGUAUUCCUCGAUAUGGCUCAGCUCCGGAGGGUAAGCUGCGGAUAAUAGCUUUUGUCGACGAUCUCGACCAAUGCGAAGAGUCGGUGAUAUUACCGAUGCUUUGGGCUAUAAAUCUGGUAUUCAGGGUGUGCGAAAUCAACGUUAUUUUAACAAUGGACAAAGCAACCAUUCAAACAGCAUAUCGAAAGUCUUCCUUGGUUCAAGAAAGGGAUUUUGUAGACAAUUUCAUAAGUAAGCUUGUCCAGCUGCCAGUGAACAUACCGGAUCCAACGGAUGAAGAAUGGGUGGACUUUCUAGAUCAGGAGCUGCUACGGCGGAAGCAAGAUAAUGAGGAUCAUCUGUCUGAGGAGCGUCCGUCCAAUGCACAAUGCGGGGUCGAUGAAGCAAACGGAUUAGAAACCGAGGAAGCAGGUGGACCCAAAGAUAUCGAGAGCGGCGGAAGGCCAAUACAAUGGGAAGGUUGGUGUAUUACGCUCUGGAUCCGCUUGCUAAUACCAAGGCUAAAAGGGAUCGCGUCUCGCUUUCUAAAUGCCAUUCUCUUCAUCGUGUGUGUUGUUAUUUGCAACAUCAGAGAUGAAACUCCGAGAAAUCUGCGUUUUUCUAAAGAUGAUGAGCAAUUGCGGCAAUCUUACAAGCGGGACCUUUCUAAGCUUGCACGGAAUCUAAGAGAAACGUUUUUGCCGAGCUACACUGAUGAAGAAGUUAUCACAUUUCAUAGGUUGAAGAGAUAUGCCACAGGCAUUCAGAAGCUUCCCCGAGAAUGGAAAUGCUGGAUGAAUUACCAUAAAUUUGAAAGAAAUAUUGUCUCAAAGAUGCCUAAAGUCAAAAAAAUAGCCAACCCUGUCGGUUGGGAAGUCGAAUUCGUGGUCUGGACUUUCGUUUGUUCACAAUGGAAACACGAAAUGAACGCUUUAAUAGAGGAGUGGUACAACUAUGCUGAUGAAGCGAGACAUGACCCUAUACGUGUAAAACUCAAAUCUUCACUGAAGGAAGUUGUUGCCAAUUACAUUAAACAAGGCAUGCGGAAAGAGCAAAGAGGACACCAAGUGAACUCUACGGUGGAAGACCAGCUGGGAGAGCCAACAGGAAAGCAGGUAUUCAUUGGUUCCAACUCGUCAUCUGCUGGAAGCGUGGAAAAAGAGCUAGAGCGCUGGAAAAUCUUGCAGAAUUGUCUGGAAAGUGUGCACGAUGUUUCCCUUGAGGGUCUCCGUUGUUUCCAACACUACAGGUACCACUGUGAUGCCCGGAAUCUGGUAUCUAAACAUCACGCAAAAGAACUCUCUAGCAGCUAUGGAGAUACAAAAUGAUCCACAAACGCUUUCAAGACAUGGAGCUUCCCGUCCGUGCAUUCACAACGACAUGCAAACUUCAGCUUUAGCUUUGUUUUGUUUUCUUUAUAGAUCCAUAAUAAACACUGGAGUUAACUGCAGCAGUUUAAGGUGGUAGUUUUUAAUUUUGACUUUUUUAGUCGUCUAAGUUUAGCUUUCCUUUCAAAUGUGCAUAUAUGCAGAAUGAAAUUUGUAGUUUUUUUAAAAGCAGUUUGCGGAUGCUUCUCCGUACUUUGCAUGCAAGUUUAGUUUCUUUAUUAAGGAUCAGUUGUUAACAAGGUUUGG